CAGGCCUCUCAAAGAAGUUGGAGUUCUCAUAUCACAUCAAAACUCCCCACUAGCAUUCCGAGUAGCAACAGUAUUUCUUUAAUACUUUCCCUGUCAUUGAUUAUGUAUGAAUCAUUUCUUUAACUUAAUAAAUUAACAACGCACAACACCCAAGAUUAAUCAUCUUACCUGUUUCCAAUCAUACACAUUAAUCUAACCUUUUGCUUCUUAGAUCAAUCACCUCAUUUAUAUAUAUAGAGGGUUAAGGGUGUCGAUCUUCCAGAGUGCGUGUGAUCAUGGAGCUGGUCAUGCCGAUAUCAGCUAAGGAGAAUUUGAAGAAAAACAUGAAAGCUUUUUCUGAGAAAUCGAAAAGGUUUCCUGGUCUGUUGUGGCGAACAGUUUGGAGAGUUGGUCGGGAUGAUCCUAGAAGAGUUGUCCAUGCUUUGAAAGUUGGCUUGUCUUUGACAUUGGUUUCCUUGUUGUAUCUUCUGGAGCCAUUGUUCAAAGGGAUAGGCCAGAAUGCUAUUUGGGCCGUCAUGACUGUUGUUGUUGUGCUUGAGUUCACUGCAGGAGCAACCUUGUGCAAAGGACUUAAUAGAGGCUUAGGAACCCUCUUAGCAGGGUCUUUGGCAUUUCUCACUGGGUACAUUGCAGAAAAAACUGGGCUCGUCUUUCGAGCUGUUUUCAUUGGGGCCGCAGUUUUUGUGAUAGGAACUGCAACAACAUACAUGAGGUUCUUUCCCUAUAUAAAGAGGAACUAUGACUAUGGUGUUCUCAUAUUCCUCUUGACCUUUAAUCUGAUAACCGUGUCAAGCUAUCGUGUGAGCAAUGUAUUAAAGAUUGCACAUGAACGCUUUUACACCAUUGCCAUUGGUUGUGGUGUUUGCCUAGUAAUGACUCUUUUUAUAUUCCCCAUUUGGUCCGGAGAAGACCUCCAUAAUUCCACGGUGAUCAAGCUUGAAGGGCUAGCUAAAUCUAUAGAAGCUUGUGUCAAUGAAUAUUUUAAUGAUGUUGAGAAAGAAAAGACCCAAGAUAAGUCACCCGAGGAUCCCAUUUACAAGGGAUACAAGGCAGUAUUAGACUCAAAAUCACAAGAUGAAACUCUAGCAUUACAUGCAAGUUGGGAGCCAAGACACUCAAGGCAUUGCAGAUAUCCUUGGCAACAGUAUGUGAAACUAGGAGCCGUUCUUCGUCAUUUCGGUUACACUGUUGUAGCUUUACAUGGAUGUUUGCAAUCUGAAAUUCAGACACCACAACAUUGUCGUGUACUCUUCAAAGAUCCAUGCAUUCGUGUCACCAAUGAAUUAUCAAAAGCAUUAAUGGAGCUUGCCAAUAGUAUAAGGAAUCGACGCCAUUGCUCUCCUGAGAUACUCUCCGAUAAUCUCCACGAAGCCUUGCAAGACCUCAACAACGCCCUAAAGUCUCAACCAAGACUUUUCCUGGGCUCCAACAAUAACCAAGCCACCAACAUGCUAGCCGUAGCAGCUGCACAUGCUAAUUCUAGCCAAAAGCGUGAAAAAUAUAAUGGAGUCUCGUUACCAAGUUUCAAGACCGACAAUUCUGCAUUACUCGAAUGGAAAUCUAAAAGGAUGAAUAAUGAACAUUCAAGAUCGGAAGCAGCAGAGAGGAAGGUGUUGAGGCCACAACUGAGUAAAAUAGCUAUCACAAGCCUUGAGUUCUCGGAGGCACUUCCAUUCGCGGCAUUCGCUUCUUUGCUAGUAGAGACGGUGGCAAGGUUAGAUAAUAUUAUCGAGGAGGUUGAAGAAUUGGGAAGGAUAGCAUGCUUUAAAGAGUUUAAACCCGGAGAUGAGGUUAUUGUAAAUUUUAAAACCCAAAAGGUUAAUGUUACGCUCAAUCAUUUUUCUUCUCAGGGGGGAGAAUGAUGGAGAUCUAUGGAUAUCGGGCUAUACUUUAUUGUUAUCGUUACUUGGCUAGCUUAUUACUGUUAUUCUUUUGGAACUGAAUGAGUUUAUAUUCCUGAUCAUAUAAUGCAACUUUUAACUGUU